UUCCAUUUUCAAAAUUACCCUACUCGUAGAUAAGACCACACCACCCUCAGACGGUCAGACCUCACCAAACCGGCCUGAAAAUGGCGAACCUGAGAACAGCCAUGGACUCGGCCUUUUGGGACCAAAACAUUGCCACCCCACAAACCGUAGACGCAACUGCUCGGUCUAUCCCCGGGGAGCCAUUCCCUCUUGAUGGGUCUCGAGCCAGCCGAGCACUCAGAAUUCAACAGCUUUCGCUUCUGGGUAAUGGGUUUCCUCUGGGUAUUAUACCCUCUUACUCUCCGGCUACCCAGAACGAGUUGGGUUCUUUCUCCCUCCAGUCUCUCUUGUUCAAACAAUCACAGCCAACUGGUGGCUCGGACUAAUUACGCAAUUUCGUCCAAAGAAAUUAGUAUCUAAAAUUAAAGCUGAAGUGUACAGUGGGGACGAAUGGGAGCUGCCCACAUUUAAAGAUGUCACUAAGCAUUUCUUGGACAAAUCACUUUAUUCGUUCGGCUUAUGCUCACAGCUAUCUCUGACUUCCUCAACCUCCUUAUUGUUGAGCACAGAAAGGCAUGGCGAGAGGGAGGAACGCCGAACCAGGGCUAUGCUCUUUCAUAAGCUCCCUGAUCAUGAUAUUACUUUGGAAGCAGCAUGGCCUGAGCUCUUCUUAGACUGUAAAGGACAAUAUUGGGAUGUUCCUGAGUCAAUAUCAUUGGACUGUUCAUCCCUUGUAUCUGAAUCUGGCUUGCGGUAUCGUUUUGGUAUACAUAAAAAUAAAGGGAAUCCCCAGGCUGUUAAUUCAUACAGUGGUGAGGCUCCUCUUGCCUUAAUGCCUGGAGUAUGUGCAAAAGGUGCCCUUUCUUAUGAGAAGAGCAUAGAUUUUUGGAGGCAGAAGGAGACAAAAGCGGAUGUCAUAAUAGAGACAGACAGGGGCCGAUUUUGGAGGCCUUCAUAUGAUAUUCGUCUUAGAGAACCUCAUGCAGCAAUAUCUGGAAUUAUUGGUGCAACUUGUGCGGCAUGGUUUGGUGGUGGGAAGAACUCAGUGGCUAGAGAAGAUGAGGACAGCAUUUCUCUGGGUGGGAAGGGUAGAACUCCUUUCAGUGCUGAUCUAUUUGGGUCAGUUUGCUACACUUUCCAGCAUGGGAAAUUCAGGAAGCUGUUUGGGGACCUCUCUAGGGUAGAUGCUCGCUUGGAUGUCUGUUCAGUUUCAGCCCUAACGAAAAAGUUUUCCAGCAUUUUCAGGAAUUCUUCAGAUAGUAAUGCAGAAAAUCCCUUGUCUUCCCCCAGGCUCAGUUUUAUCUUCCAACAGCAGGUUGCAGGGCCAAUUGUUUUUCGAGCCGAUUCUAGGUUUUUGAUUGAUUCAUCAUCUGGGAGACGUGGGCCACAAUUGGAGGAUUUCAUGUAUAGUUUAAGUUACUCUCUGAGGCUUCUACAUUCUGGGAAAGUGGUAGCAUGGUAUUCUCCAAAAAGAAAGGAGGGGAUGGUUGAGUUGCGCCUCUUUGAAUUCUAACUCUUUAAUUUUGUCUGUCUUUUCUUUUUUGGCAUUCAUGGUGGUUUGGUUUGAACCCUAUAAAUACAUACAUCAUUUCGGGGAAAAUUUAUCUGCAGAAAGUGAUUUUCUUUCCAUGGAUUGUUUGAAUCCAUGCCCUUACUCAUGUCAUGCUUAUCAUGCCUUAAAAACACCAGACCUUGCUUGCUUAGGGCUCAGCUUCUUGUGUGUUUGGAAAUAGCUGCUGAUUAUGCUAUAUUUUACGGCUUGAAACUUUGAUAUCCAAGUCAUAAUGGAUCACCACAAAUUUUUAUUUAGUUUUAAUAGGACUUGAAUAAAAUAUAAUUUUAUUUUGUAAAUGACAUAUACGUAGUGUAGUGGAUUUUAUUAGUAUUUGGGUUUUAAAUUCACACGUUAU